AUGGCAGACGAUCCAGAACAACAACCUGAUAAUAUUGCAGAAGAAGAGAAUCAAGAAAAGGAAGAAAAUGCAGAAGAUGGCGAAAAAGAAAUCCCGGAGUUGACUGUUACUGAAGAGCUCACAGAGGAUGCUGAAGCGUUGAAAAAUGAGCUCAGCAAAAUCGUUGUGCAUCCUCCUACGAUAGAUUUGUCAAUACCAAUGAAAGAAUUUGAUCAAACAGAAUUCCCAGCCUCAUACAAAGAAAAUUUGCCUAAAGAAAAUCUGGUUUUACAAUAUGCAGAGAAUUUCCGAAGACAAUAUGUGCAUUUGUACAGAGACAGAAAGCCACUGUUCCUCAACCCAGUCAAUGAAUGUGGAACAGAGAAAUUUGUAUGUACCACCAUACGACCCACACAACUUGAAUUUAAAGAGCUUUAUAACUGGGAAGGAGCAGCUGAAUUUGUUGCUGAUUAUCUCAACUUUGAGACAUUGGAACCACCAACUGAACUGCCCCAGAGACUGCUUUCACCCACCACUAUUCUAAAGCGUCAGAAAGGAAACUGUUUUGAUUACAGCACUUUAUUGUGCUCCUUGCUGAUUGGAGUAGGGUAUGAUGCCCUGGUGGUUAAUGGUUAUGCCACACGAGAGACCUGUCUGGCAGAUGAAUCACGGGAAAUCUGUCCUCUUAUGAAGAAAAAAGAGGAGGUGAAACAAGAAGUUCAAAAGAAAGAACAAAAGAAGUAUGCAGUAAAGGCUCCAAAGGAUUUACGCAGCAAGUUUGAACUUAAACAAGAUGCAAAAGCCAAAGCUGAAAAAGAAGCUGAGGAGGAGCAACGGAAAAAAGAAGCAGAAGAGAAAGCAGCUGAGCUAGAAAAGCCUCCUCCAGAUCCUCUAUAUGGUCUGCGUGUACAUGCUUGGGUGCUGGUCCUAGCAGGGCGAAGGGAAGUCCCAGAGAGUUUCUUUAUUGAGCCUUUCACUGGCCUGUCCCAUCCUGUGGACAGUCAGAACUACCUUGGUAUUGAGACUGUAUGGAAUGCCACAAACUACUGGGUCAAUAUGCAGGAUUGCUCUGAUGGGGUCAAGGGUCUCAGUUAUGACCUUGGAGACUGUACACGAUGGGAAUACAUGUUUCCUAACACUGAGAAACCCUUGCUGAAGAUCCCAGAUGUAGAGGAUGAUAUAGGUGACCUGGAUGAUGAUGAGGAGGAAGAGAAAGAGAUGGACAAAAAUCUAGACCUGCCUCCAUCCUGGGUGGAGCCUAUUAAACUCUCCUUACGAGACUUCCAGAUGCGGUGUCCACAAGGAAAGAAGACAAAACUGUAUAAACGUGCAAAGCUGGAAAAGUUUGCCCACUACUUGAUGAAGGAUGGCUUGGUCUCCAAAUUAUCCAUAUAUGAAAACCGUGAAUUGACAGACCUUAUCAUGGUACGAGAAUAUUUUGCACACCGUGUUGAUAAACUUUGUACAAAAGUACACAACAAUCGAUCAGGCUGGAACACUGAGUUUUUUGACCCUGGCAGACACAAAUGUCUCAAAGAGCACCAGUAUAAGGCAAGCAGUCCUGGCCCGGAGAAUGACAGAAUCAUGCUGUUUUAUGAUGAGGCCAGGGUGGAUGGUCUAGUUAAGCGAGUUGAGAGCCUGUCUGAGAUGACUGAGGAAUACAGAAAUAGGGAUGAUUACUUGUUCUACAAACAAGUAGAGUUUGGAAAACGGACAAAGAAGUUUGGUCCACAGGAUGGCACGGGUGCAAACAACAUGCGACCUAUUGUGAAGAUGAUUCAGAAGUUUCACAGAAACCCUAAAAAGGUGGCCAGUGAGGACGUUGCUGAGCUGGUGUUCCUGGUGUCAGAAGACAAGAUCCAGGUGACCUAUCAUACAGAGGAUACACGUAUAGCCUCCUCAACACGAGAGUUCCUCAAACCUGCAAACUGGGACGAGAAAGGUGCUACCCUGACAUUCAACCCAGAGAUGCAUCAAACUUUCCAGGUGGACCCCACAUCUCCAAUGAACAAAAAUGUGGAACUGUAUGAGAUGCUGCUAGAAAUGCUCAAAGCAGAGGAGAAAUGUCGUAAUGAGGUCCGGGAGUCUGAGGAGGAGGUGCGUGAAGUAUUGAAUGAGAGGACCAAAGAAGAGACUGCAUCAGAGCUGGACAUUUCUGUUUAUGAUACAGAUAGGAAUGAGAAGGCCAAGAAACAUAGGAGAGAAUUGGAGCGCCUACAAUUGGAGGAGAGAAUGCGCAAACAAGAGAUGGACAUUGACUACCUAGCCCCAUUCCUAGCCCAGAUGGGCAAUCCAGAGAAAAUCACCAGGCAACAGGCUUACCAGCUCAAGGAAGACUGUCUUGGUGAUCUCAAGAAGCGCCUAAUUGACAAAGCCAACCUCAUUCAAGCCAGGUUUGAAAAGGAGACACAACUGCUGGAGAAAAAGCAGGCAUGGUACCAGCAGAACCAGGUGGCUAUGUCGAAAGAUGAUGAGGAAGCCUACCUUGACUAUUGUAGUGAGGCCUUGUUUAGGAUACAUAUUCUUGAUCUACGACUGGCAAGACACAAGGAACAAGCCCCACAUAAAUACAUGCAGCUUGAACAGAGGUUGAGGAGUGAAGAACGGCUGUCUGAAUUUUUCUGA